CGGAAACCAUAGGGCACUGGCUUUUGAGAAAAUUCCCAGCAAUCCCGCAAAAUGGCCGGGGAGUCGGAACAAAAACAGUUUGAGUCUCUUUUGCAGACUCUUAUGAACCCAGACAAUGAAACAAGAACUAAAACAGAGGAAACAUAUGAUCAGAUUCCUAUGCCACAGAAGAUCACAUUUCUUGUGACAUCAUUGAGAAGUGCCGACAAUGCUAUUGAGAUCCGCACCCUAGCCGCAGUGUUGUUGAGACGCCUGUUUACUAAUGAGUUCAGUGAAUGGUGGCCAAAGAUUCCUGCCGAGUUGCAGGCUGGCUUGAAGAAAGAGUUGAUGAGCGCUAUACAGGAGGAACUCACACCUCCUAUUAAGAGAAAAGUCUGCGAUGCUACUGCUGAACUCGCUAGAAACCUUAUUGAUGAGGAUAAUGUACAACAGUGGGGCGAGUUUCUCAAGUUCAUGUUUGAAUGUGCUAAUUCAGAGGAUCCUAGUCUUAAAGAAAGUGCCCUCCACAUCUUCAGCGUUGUGCCAGGGAUAUUUGGCAGUCAGCAGGCCCACUAUAUGGAGGUUAUACGGCAGAUGUUGGUACAGAGUCUCGCCCUCCAGGACCACCAUGCUGUGUGUAGUGAGGCGGUCAAGGCGACCACCGCGUUCCUCGUCAGUAACGAGGGUGAGGGAGCUAUUGUACACCACCUGAAGGAUCUGCUGCCUGCUAUGAUACAGGCAAUCUCCGUGAGUGUUGAACAACAAGACGAUGACGCCCUGCUGAAAUGCCUAAUAGAUAUAGCAGAAAAUGUGCCCAAGUUUUUGCGACCCCAGGUGGAAAAUGUCAUCACCUUCUGUAUGAAGGUGAUGUCAGACACAAAUCUCCCAGACACGUGGAGACAGCUGGGACUGGAGGCGAUUGUUACUCUGUCUGAGAGUGCUCCGGGGAUGGUCCGCAAAUGUUCCAAACUUCUCCCUAUGCUGGUACCCCAGAUCCUUGCUAUGAUGGUGGAUUUAGAUGAAGAAGAGGAUUGGGCUGUGCAGGAUGAAAUGGAAAAUGAGGAUGAGGACAGUAACAACGUGGCUGGUGAGAGUGCUCUAGACCGACUGUGCUGUGCCCUGACAGGGGUCACCAUGUUACAACACAUCCUCGCAAAUAUACCACAGAUGCUCGCAAACACUGACUGGCGCUACCGGCAUGCGGCGCUUAUGGCGAUAUCAGCGUGUGGCGAGGGGUGUCAACAACAGAUGGAACAGAUCCUCGGCAGCAUCCUAGACGGCAUUCUGCCCUUCCUGAGAGAUCCGCAUCCACGAGUGAGAUACGCAGCGUGUAACGCCAUUGGACAACUGUCAACAGAUUUCGGACCCAACUUUCAGAAGAAAUUUCACAAUAAAGUUGUCAUUGAGGUGUUAUCGGUUAUGGACGACGACAAUAACCCUCGUGUACAGACGCACGGAGCUGCUGCCUUGGUCAACUUCAGUGAGGACUGCCCAAAGUCUAUCCUCAUCCUAUACAUAGAUGCAAUCAUGGAGAAACUGGAGAAGGUCCUUUCUAACAAGAUGAAAGAGUUGAUGGAGAAAGGCACCAAGAUGGUUCUGGAGCAGAUGGUCACCACACUGGCCUCUGUAGCUGACACAGCUGAGGAGAAGUUCAUCUCCUUCUACGAUAGGUUUAUGCCAUGUUUGAAGUACAUAGUUCAACAUGCUGACAACACAGAAUACAAACUGUUGAGAGGGAAGACGAUCGAAUGUAUCAGCCUUAUAGGCCUGGCAGUCGGCAGGGACAAGUUCAUGAACGACUGCAGUGAUGUGAUGCAGUUGUUGUUGAAGACGCAGACCGACAUGACGGAUAUAGCAGACGAUGACCCACAGAUAUCGUAUAUGAUAGCUGCAUGGGCCCGUAUGUGUAAGAUCCUUGGGAAGGAUUUCGAACAAUACCUGCCGCUGGUGAUGGGGCCAGUGAUGAAGGCUGCCUCUCUCAAACCUGAGGUCGCCUUGUUGGACAGUGAGGAUGUAUCGGAGGUUGAAAAUGAUACAGACUGGCAGUUCGUCACACUCGGAGAUGCUCAAAGUUUUGGCAUCAAGACUGCUGGCCUGGAGGAGAAAUCUACAGCUUGUCAGAUGCUGGUGUGUUAUGCUCGUGAAUUGAAGGAAGGGUUCGCUAACUACACACAGGAAGUUGUCAACCUGAUGGUGCCGCUACUCAAGUUUUACUUUCACGAUGAGGUGAGAACGUCGGCUGCAGAAAGUCUUCCGUACCUUAUCGAGUGUGCCCGGAUACGGGGAGAGUCGUAUCUGGCUGAGAUGUGGAACUAUAUCUGUCCAAACCUUCUCAAAGCUAUUGAACUGGAACCAGAAAUCUCCGUACUACCAGAACUCAUGGGAUCGCUGGCCAAGUGUGUAGAGAUACUUGGAAAGGGGUGCCUGACAGCCGAAACCAUGCAACAGACUCUUGCUGUGCUAGAUAAAUACCUCAAACAACACUUUGAGAGACAGCAUGAGAGACAAGAGAAGCGGAAAGAUGAAGACUAUGAUGAGGUGACAGAGGAACAGCUCUUGGAAGAGGAUGACGAAGAUGUUUACAUACUGAGCAAAGUAUCGGACCUCGUUCACUCCCUGUAUGGUACACACAAGGAGGAAUUCAAUGUGCAUUUCGAAACACUCCUGCCACACUUUGUGAAACUCAUCGGUCCCGAGCGACCGUGGCCAGAUCGUCAGUGGGGACUGUGCAUAUUUGACGACACUCUUGAACAUGCCGGCCACAGUUCAAUCAAGUACCAGGAGUUUUUCCUGGAGCGUAUGGUACAAUCUGUCUGUGAUAAACAAGCUGAGGUUCGACAGGCCGCAGCGUUUGGAAUCGGGGUUAUGGCCAUGUUUGGAGGAGAGGCCUACAAGAAAGUAUACCCAGAGGUGAUGCCAAUAUUACUGCAGGUGAUUAACGCUCCAGAUUCCCGUUCUGUGGAGAACGCCAGCCCGACAGAAAACGCCAUUGCUGCGGUAACCAAGAUCUGCAAGUAUCACCCAGACACUGUGAACAUAACAGAAUUACUCCCCAUGUGGUUGUCAUGGUUACCGGUAACCGAGGAUACUGACGAGGCUGUGCACAUAUACAACUACCUCUGUGAUUUGAUAGACAGUGGAAACCCGCUGAUCCUCGGUGAGGCGAACCGAAACCUGCCCAUCUUGAUACAGAUUAACGCACAGGCCCUUGCAUCUAACGUACUGGAGAACGAUGAGGAAGUGAAAAACCGCGUUCUGCAGAUCACAAGAGUCGCAUUGAAUGACCAAAGUAUUAGAGAGGCCUGCCUGAGCAUAUUGACAGAAGAGCAGAAACAGGCAAUAGAAAACGAACUCUCUAAACCUGCCGCUGCGCAAUAACACAAGCUCAUGAUUCUAGCAAAUAAACUUUAACACACACAUUCGUGAAAACAUACGCCAGUGGUCAAAAUUAGCACGAGUCCGCAAGCUCUGUAUUGGUAAAAUGCUUUCAGGGCUUGCUCAAGUUCUUGUUUUUAAUAGCAGGGCUUGUUGAAUGUUUUGAAACCAAGCACUAGUGUUAUGCUUAGUUAUCCCCAAGUCUUAUUUCGAUGACUGGUGUGCAGUUAUAGAAGUUUGAAGAUUUCAAGUAGCCUGCAGCAUUACCAAGAAUUUCCCCUGUGAUCUGAGUAGAUGCCAGGGCUGCAUGGGGAAAAUGAAAAGGUCUUUGAGAAUGAUAAGAACUAUUUUUGAUCUUGUGAUAAGUAAAUGUAAGAAUGAAUUGUACAAAGUCAUAGUAAAAAAAAUAUUACCAAAUUUUUUAUUUAUAAUGCGCUAGGAUAGAUAUUGAUAAAAAUCAUGUAGAUGGAAAAUAUCUGCAUUCUGUGUGGAGUAAUAUUUGGUACAGGAAAGUUUUGAGCUUGCAGAAAGCUACAGUAACUGAUUUUUCAUGUAGUUCAACCUCUUAUAGUGACUAAAGUAACAAAAUAAUCACAUGGCAAUUCUAAUUAAUCCUGUAAUAAGUUUGAAAAGAAAUUAAAACAAGCCAUGAAUUAUUACACAACUCUAAUUGUCUCAAGGUGACCACAAUCCUUAAGGAAUAAGUAUUAGAUUGUAAUAUGGUGUGGGCUUUCAUCUUUCAUAUGUGAUGCGAUAAUAAUGACCUUGAAGUUUGAAUAUGCAUUUAUUUUAGAUGGUUUUAUGUGCAAGCGGAGUGUUGCAAUGGUGUUCGUCUUUUUCAUGCAUUUUCCAAAGCUAUCACAUAUCAUUAAGUCUGGGGGGGGGGGGGUCAUCAAAUAAUGAAAGAGUAGUUCAGAAGUUACCAAGAUUCAUAUGCACUAUGUUGUAAAUUAAGUUACGUUAUAGAUGUUGUAUGGUGUACAGGACACAACUAUAUUUUCUGGCUGUUGUAAUUUAAUUAUAGAUAUUUAAUUGUUUGAAUGUGUUUCAGGAAAAUGUAAUAACACUUAAUCUAAUGAUUCCAAGUUUGUUUUUUCUUAGAAUAAUGAUCAGAUGCUCAUUUAAUUAAUGUACAAAAUUGUUGAAUACCUUCAGAUCUAAGCGACGUUACGUCAGUUGUUUCAGAUUGAAACUGUUAUUGCUGUAUGUUGUGUCAUACAUAAGAUACAGUAAGUUUGGGCUGCAGGGGUUCUUAAGUUCAAGAUUGAAUCUGAAAUCAGGAUUGACGGCUUUUAACUUCAGACUAUUUUGUACAGUGUUAAAGAUUGUUUUCUGUUUGGACAAUUGCUUCAAAAACAGGAGGAAUUACCUUGAAACAAAUAUAUUUAAUGCCUUUGGAAACAGUUUCAGAAGUGAUCUAAUCCCCUUGGCCUUGCUUUGGGAAUACAUUUAGGAUCUAGCUAUUUUUCUGUAUUGACAAUUAUCAGCUUUUAGAACCCCUGGUGUUAAUUUAUUUUCCUCUGUGAGUGUGGUACCGGUAUAAACUUGCAUUAGACACUGUAUUAUACCUAUCAUUACAUUUGCACCAUUCUCAUUACUAUGCAAUUCCUUCCAUUUGUUAGGCGUCUUGUUGGUUUUUAUGCCCCCGAAGGUGGGCAUAUUAAAAUCGCACCGUCCGUCCGUCCGGCUCUGUAACUUUCCCUUGUAUGGACAGAUUUUAAAUUAACUUGCCACAUAUGUUCCACAUACCAAGACGACGUGUCGCGUGCAAGACCGUGUCCCUAUCUCAAAGGUCAAGGUCACACUUAGUGUUUAUUCACAAUGGAGUGCUGCAUAUAAGGACAUAGAGUUUAGGUUGUCGUGUCCGGGCUAUAACUUUCUCUUGUAUGGACAGAUUUUAAAAUAACUUGCCACAUGUGUUCCACAUACCAAGACGACGUGUCGCAUGCAAGGCCCGUGUUCCUACCUUAAAGGUCAAGGUCACACUAAGUGUUUAUUCACAAUGGAGUGCUGCAUAUAAGGACUUAGAGUAUAGGUUGUCGUGUCCGGGCUGUAACUUUCCCUUGUAUGGACAGAUUUUAAAAUAACUUGCCACAUGUGUUCCACAUACCAAGAUAAUGUGUCGCGUGCAAGACCCGUGUCCCUACCUCAAAGGUCGAGGUCACACUUAGUGUUUAUUCACAAUGGAGUGCUGCAUAUAAGGACAUAGAGUAUAGGUUGUAGUGAUCGGGCUGUAACUUUCCCUUGUAUGGACAGAUUUUAAAAUAACUUGCCACAUGUGUUCCACAUACCAAGAUGACCUGUCACGUGCAAGACCCGUUUCCCUACCUCAAAGGUCAAGGUCACGCUUAGUGUUUAUUCACAAUGGAGUGCUGCAUAUAAGGACAUAGAGUAUAUGUUGUCGUGUCCGGGCUGUUACUUUCCCUUGUAUGGACAGAUUUUAAAGUCACUUGCUACAUGUGUUCCACAUACCAAGAUGACGUGUCAUGUGCAAGACCCAUGUCCCUACCUCUAAGGUGAAAGAUACACUUAGUGUUUAUUCACAAGAGAAUUCUGAAUAUAAGGACAUAACAGUGUAGGUUGUCAAGUAUGGGUGGUAUUUUUUUAUGUUCAGAGGCAAUUUAAAAUAACUUGCCAUAUGUAUUUGACACGUAAAGGCAAGAUCAACUUUUCAUGUACUGACCUUGUUCAUAGGUCAAUGUCACAUUCGGGGGCAUUCGUCACAUACUGUGACAGCUCUUGUUCAUCUUGUUUUUCCAAGCCUUAAGUGCUCUUUUUAUUUGUUGAAAGACUUUGCUUAUAGUCAUUAUUAAAUUAUAGGUUGUUAUGAUCCCCUGUGUGUCAGUGAGUUGAGAGUGUAUUGUUGACUUUUAGUUAUACAAUCAUUUUGAAAUUAUUUAAACAAAUCUCUGAGUAUAAUAUGUUCCUGUAUAAAGUAUAAAUAUAAAUUAGUCAUUUUAAAACAAUUUUGACGAAAUUUUUGAAGAAGUGAUCCUAAUGUUGUAGUGGAAUUCAAUAUUCAUUAAGAGAAGAAAUAAAGGUUUCUUAAAGUAUUAAACAAGUAAUUGUCUGGAAAAAAAUUAAUGUACAAGGUUAACAAAAUAUAUAAUUUGAUCCAAUUUGAUUCAAAGGUUCCAUUCAAGAUAUGUUUGAAAGAAAUAAUUUUAUUUAAUAAAGCAAGCAAUAAAUGCAUAUUGUUGCCACUAGUGAAAAUAUCAAUUUUGGUUCUUUCUCAGAUGAAAUGGAAUCCAUUUUUAAUAAAAAUGACAUGGUGUUUAAUUUAAAGACCUUUUUCCUUUAGGAUGUGGUAUCAUUUUUGAAAAAUAAAUAAUGAGGGCAUCAAUUUUUGGUCCCAGCCGUGUGUGCACUGACAAUAGUUUUGACAAUGCCUACCAAAAUUACCUCAAAUUUUUGUUGUCUCAAAAAAGUAAUUGUUACAAAAAAUGUAAUUUCACUGUUUUCAAAUUAUUAUUUUGAUUAACCACUGGCAAACACUGAAAUGUUUUUGAAUACCAUUCCAUACCAGAUGGUUGUUAACUAGAUAAAUUGUUUUGUCAACAUUUGACUGUUACAAUAUUCAUGUAAUUACUUGUUUCAGAUCAAAUCCCAUUAACUCAAUAUUGUUGCUUAAUCAUGCAUGGUUUGUUUUUGAAAUGCUUGUAUAAAUAUCAAUACCAUAUUAAAAUGGCUAAAUAACUAA